AUGGCUCAAGAUCCCCGAGCCCUCCUCCAAAAGGCCGACAAAGCUCUUUCUGGCGCCUCAGGAGGCUUUAGCUGGUUUGGAGGACGCACUGAGAAAUACGAAAGUGCCGCAGAUCUGUUUACCCAGGCAGCGAAUGCCUUUCGAGUCCAGAAGUUGAAUAAGGAAGCUGGUCAAGCUUUUGAGCGUGCGGCUGCGAUUCAGACCCAGAAUCUUAACGAACCCGACGAUGGUGCGAAUACCCUCCAGGAAGCUUUCAAGGUGUACCGCAAGUCAGACCCGGAGGAUGCGGGAAACUUGCGCCGUGCUGCUACCCAACAGCAAUAUUUGGCUGAGGUUUAUGAGGUUGAGCUGGGCGAUAUGAAGAAAGCGUUGGAUGCAUAUGAGAAGGCUGCGGAGUGGUUUGAGAGUGACAAUGCUGAAGCUCUCGCGAACAAGCACUUCCUCAAAGUGGCAGACCUCGCUGCUUUGGAAGGAGACUACUACAAAUCCAUCAAGCACUACGAGCGCAUUGCCAGCCAGUCCAUGAACAACCAUCUCAUGAAGUGGUCAGUGAAGGACUACUUCUUGAAGGCAGGAAUCUGCCAUCUUGCCACCAAUGACCUUGUCGAAACAAACCGGGCAUUCGAAUCCUACCGAGAAAUUAACCCUGCCUUUGUCUCAGAGCGAGAGCACCAGCUUCUGGUGGAUCUUCUUCAGUCUAUCGAAAGCAAGGAUCAGGAGAUGUUCGCCGAUAAGCUAUUUCAAUUUGACCAGCUCAGCAAGCUCGACAAGUGGAAGACGACUUUGCUUUUGCGUAUCAAGAACAAUAUCGAGGAAGAAGAGGAGGACUUCUCGUAG